UUUAUUUCAAUUCUAAUUUUUUAUCUAAAAUUUCCAAAUCAGAAUGAAUUUAUUCGUGAAAUGCUACAACGAAGUGGUUUCGGAAUUCUCAUGUGCAUUUUCAAGUCGAUUAUUCUAAAGUGUCUGUUUUAAAAAUGAUUUUCAAACCGGAGACUUGGAGUGGCAUCGUUGUUGAACAAAGUUUUUUUGAUCAAAUUAUUCAGACACAGAACAUUACAAACUCUAUACAGUUGGCACAAAAUAAAUGCACAAGUUAAUCUCAUUUGGGUGAAAGAAUUUACUUUUUUGACAGAAUUUUUUGUUAAUUGCAUCAUAUUUUUCCGGCAAGUACAUUAAACAUCAAUUGAUGAUGAUGGUGGAACGAGAAGAAAAAAGAUAAAUUUAUUCUAUUGAAUUGUCUAUAUUUUAGCGAAAUCCAUUAUGGUGGGAGGUAGUGUUGAUAAAACACACUUUGUUUUGCCAAACAAUCAGCCGAUCGGUGAGUUGAAGUGCGUUACAGCGUUUAACAAUCUAACAGACAAGGAAAAAUUGUAUGCGCACUACUGCAGCCAGGCAUCAUGGAAUGGUGGCUUGAUAGCAUUGAUUCAGUCAAGUCCGGAAGCACCGUUAAUUUUCUCACUGUUGAAUCGUGUCUUUUCCGCUGAACCAGUUGAAGAGCUCAGAGCUGCCGCACUAGCAGCUGGCGUCAGUGCCGAUGAUUUUACAGCAUUUUUGGUUUAUGCUUGCGGAUUCUUCGCAAAUGCCGGUAAUUACAAAG